CGCUCCCCUGGUCUGCAGCUUGCCCGCGAGCGCAAAGAGCACGAGGCAACCCCCCUCAGAGGGAGCUGUCCGGUGCUGAAGUUGCGUUUCUUUCCUUCUCUGCAAGAGGACUAAACGGGGCGGACAGACGGCAGUCAGCAGGACUGGAGCAGAAAAGAAAGAAUAAAUAAGCGCUUGUUGCUCGUCAACUCUUUCACCGGAUCAAUUCAAGGCUCGCGCUUCCUCCAAAAUCUGAAGACAAUCUUCCACCGGCCCUCCUGUCUGAUUGGUGUGUCACGGGCGAAUCACCACGCUGGCCUGGCCGUCGGCAAUCGGCUGUGUUUGCGAGUGUGUGUCGCCGUGCUUGGGAGAGUGUGUGUCGUUGUGUUUGUGAGCGUGUGUGCGCGCAGCUUGUCAGUGUCUCACCACCAUGCCAAGGUCUUUCCUGGUGAAAAAGGUGAAACUGGAUGAUUUCUCCACCGGGGCGGAUCUGGAGAACGCCUACCGGCACAGGACAGACCUCAGCCUGCGGCUACAUGACAAAGCUGGUUACAUCAGUGACUACAUCAGCCCCGUUGUGUAUGAUGGUGAAAGCGACAGUGGCAUCAAGGUCCCCUCUCCUGACCCCCUCUAUGAUGGCAUCCACAGUGACUACGGGGCCCCCGACUCUGAGUCUCCUGAUAGCCCUGGCUCGGAACUUGCAGAUGGCUAUAUCAAUGGAGAUGCUGCAGUGAGUGAGGGUUACACAGUCGAUGCCUUCUUUAUCACCGAUGGCCGCUCGAAGAGGAAAGCUCUUGGCAGCCCCCGGACCAUCCAGAGGCACACCUGCAAUGAGUGCGGCAAAACCUACGCCACGUCUUCCAACUUGAGCCGGCACAAACAAACACACCGCUCGCUGGACAGCAAGCUGGCAAAGAAAUGCCCAACCUGUGGGAAGGUGUACGUGUCCAUGCCCGCCAUGGCCAUGCACCUGCUCACUCAUGACCUCAAGCACAAGUGUGAGGUGUGCGGGAAAGCAUUCAGCCGACCUUGGCUUUUACAGGGCCACAUGCGCUCCCACACAGGCGAGAAACCGUUCGGGUGCGCCCACUGCGGCAAGGCCUUCGCAGACCGCUCGAACCUGCGCGCACACAUGCAGACUCACUCUGCCUUUAAACAUUUCAAGUGCAAACGCUGCAACAAGACCUUCGCGCUCAAGAGUUACCUGAACAAGCACUACGAAUCUGCCUGCUUCAAAGGCCCCUUCUCUCCUCUUGGCCCCCUAGAUGCAUGACCCCCUAUAUAGAUCAAACGAGACAAAACUGCAGAAUGAACUACCAUUAUCCUUACAAACUUAGCUGCAGACACAAACAAUAUAUUUUUUGGUCAGAAUAUGACCUUGCUUUCCCGCCUCACUCCUUCUCACUGGCCCUCUGCCUCCUCCUCCACCUUGCUUCCCUUGGAGCUUAUUCGUGAUAAUGAAUAUGAUGAAGAUAGCACAAUUUUUCUCCUUGAGAUUUGCCCACUUAAGGAUUUAACUGAUCGACGCAUGCACUUCCUCAAAAAAACAAAAACAAACAAAAAACUCUUCACCUCCUCUUCCUCUAUCCAUUUAGGAUGGAGACAUUAAUAUUAACAUGGCUUCCUCCUGGCAUCUAGAUACAGUAUGACACCGUAUAUUUUGGAAAAGUGAUGACGAUGAGGAUGACGACAAAGACAAUAGUAAGCCUAUAGCUACUAGUUUUC